GAGCCCACCCUAAGCGGGACUGAGCAGACCAGGCGCCUCCGCCAAAAGAACUAGAGCCUGGCAGCCCAGCCGCGGAGGUGGCGUCGAGGCCCAGGGCAGGAUUACUCAAGAUAAAGUUAUAGCUAUUUCAACAAGGAUCAAUGAUCAGAAUUUUUCUUUUUAAAGAGAGGUUUCCAAGUUAAAGAUGAAAGGAAAAUACUGGAAUUGUUUGGAUUCUAACUGAUGGGAUAAAGAAUACAGUAUUUCAGUUACUUGGAAUGGAACCUUAGUGAAAUUCAUCGCUUGUCAUGCACCCAACUGGGAACAUGGAUGUUGGUUUUUCUCGUUCUGCUGUUCAGACACUGUCAAGAAGCCACUGCAAAAACAUCAAACAAAAAAUUUCUCAGUGGGAAGGAAGAACUAAUGGUAUAUCUAGUCCAGAUAAAUGGCAUCCAAAGGACUUUGGAGUGAAAUAUAAUAACUAUAAUCAAGAGAUUCUUCUUAAGACAAAUCCUGUUACUGAAGAAAAGAGCAAAAAGUCAGAUGUAACCGGCUCUCACAAUGUUGAUCCAGGCCUUGAUGAAGAUGCCAAAAGCCGAAAUCGAAGUGAGGAUGAAAGCGAGAAACAUGAAUAUAAUGAUAGACGCUUCUGUAAAAGUGAAUCAGAAUCCAAAUGGGUAUGUUCCCGGGUCAAGCAAAUUGAAAGUUGGAAAGAAGUUUUGGAUCCAGAGACUUCAUUACCUCCAGGAAAUUUCUAUACCUCACAAAUAUUAUGGAAGAAAAUAGAAGCACUUCCUCCAGAUAAAGUCUUAAAUUUGGCUUUAGAACGUUGUGACUCUUCAGAAAAAGAACUGGAUUUCAGAGUUCUAGAUAGUUCAUAUGGAAUAACAAAGAGCUUGGAAAAUAUUUACUCUGAACCCGAGGGACAAGAAUGUGGACCUUCUAUUAAUCCUUUGCCAAAACCUCGUAGGACUUUCAGAUAUUUAUCUGAAUCUGGUGUUACACCAUUUAAAGAAAGAAACUGUGACAGAAAAUACUGUGAAAAGAAUUCUUGUGCAGAGUCCUCUUUAACCGCUUCUCAGGAACCUGAACCAAAGAAAUAUGGUGGAAAAAUCAAAGGGAGAUCCAAAAGGAAAUCCUUUGAAUUUGAGGACGUUCAGCACUUUCGAAAUCGGAACUCACGGAAGAUUCAUGAAGAACUUGGAAGAAACUCUGGCUCGGCACUUUAUUACACACAGUCUGAGGACAAUAUCUAUGAAGAUAUCAUAUAUCCCACCAAAGAAAAUCCAUAUGAAGAUAUUCCGGUGCAGCCUCUGCCCAUGUGGAGAUCCCCUUCAGCGUGGAAGCUACCGCCCCCUAAAAGUACUUUCAGAGCACCCAAGCUUCCUCCCAAACCUCAGUUCCUUCACCGAAAGACUAUGGAACUGAAGAACUCACAAGCUUAUAUACGGUCAAAGCUCUCAAAGGAAACCACUUUGCCUGUCACUUUAACUGAAUGGAAGCUUUUCCGAGCUGGAGAAGUUGCAAACAGGAAAAGGAAGAAUCUUCCGAGGCUUGUAUUGAAAAUAGAUGAUAUAUUUGAAUCUAAGAGAGGAAAGAAGAGAGUAAAGUUACACCCUUACACUGGAAAAGAUGUACCUCCCUCAAAAGGUGAAACCAGUGGGUACGAAAGUGAUGCCGAGUACCUGCCAAAGAACCGCCACAAGCGCAUAGCACAGCUGCAGCAGUCUUCCAAGAGGAAUCCUCACUACCAGACCUUAGAGCGGGAUCUGAUUGAAUUACAGGAGCAGCAGCUGUUUGAACUUUUUGUGGUGGUGUCUCUACAAAAGAAGCCAUCAGAGAUAAGCUACAGUCCCCAGGUCAUACAGCAGUUCCCCAGCAAGGGUGAUCACGGCUUUAAGCAAUCCAAAGACACUGAAGAGAGGCUCAAAGUUAUCCCCAAAUUUUGUUUUCCUGAUUCAAAGGACUGGGUGCCAACCUCAGAACUCAAGAGUGAAACAUUCUCCUUUGUCCUAACUGGAGAAGAUGGCAGCCGGUGGUUUGGUUACUGUAAGAAGCUCCUGCCAGAAGGCAAAGGAAAGCGGCUCCCUGAGGUGUACUGCAUGGUCAGUCGCCUUGGCUGCUUCAACCUUUUUUCAAAGAUUCUGGAUGAAGUAGAGAAGAGAAGAGAAAUGUCCCCGGCCUUGGUUUACCCAUUCAUGAGAAGUGUCAUGGAAGCACCUUUCCCAGCCCCCGGACGCACCAUCACAGUGAAGAGCUACCUCCCUGGGGCUGGAGAUGAGUCAAUUGAACUGUGCCGACCCCUGGAUUCCCGAUUGGAACAUGUUGACUUUGAAUGCCUCUUUAAGUGCCUGAGUGUGUGCCAUCUCCUCCGGGUCUGUGCGUCUCUUCUUUUGGAGCGGAGGGUAAUCUUUGUUGCCAACAGCCUAAGCACCCUGUCAAAAUGUGGCCACGCUGUGGUUGCCACCCUGUAUCCGUUCACCUGGCAGCACACCUACAUCCCAGUCCUGCCAGCAUCUAUGAUCGACAUUGUGUGCUCACCUACGCCAUUCCUCAUUGGGAUCCUGUCUUGCUCCUUACCACAGCUCCAGGACCUGCCCAUUGAAGAGGUGCUGAUAGUUGAUCUCUGUGCCGACAAGUUCUUACAGGAGGUAUCUGAUGAGGAUGAGAUUCUACCACCUAAACUCCAGGCUGCCUUGAUGCAGAUUUUGGAAGAACGAAAUGAAAUCUUGGCUCAGGAGCAGAAUUUUUCACAAGAAGAUGUGACACUCAACUCUCUGGUGUCUGAAGCAUUUGUCAGGUUCUUUGUGGAGCUGGUGGGACAUUAUUCUUUGAAUAUGACUGUCACUGAGCGCGGGGAGCGUGUAUUCCAAAGGGAGCCAUUUCGUAAAUCCCACACCUCCCGAAGUGUACGCCACUUCCUGGAUCUCUUCAUGGAGACUCAGAUGUUCGCAGGAUUCAUCCAGGACCGAGAGCUUCGGAAAAGUGGGGUAAAAGGUUUGUUUGAAGUCCGGGCCCUCCAGUAUUUGGAAACAAUUCCUGAGUCUGAGCCCAGUGGGGUGAAUAGAAUUUUGCGAAGUCUUGGAAGUAAAAUGAAAUUUCUUCAGAAGAAGUGAAAUCUUUGAUUGACUGCUUCCAUCAUAAAUAGAACAAAAAGUGCUAAAGAAAUUAUUUUUCCAAGAGUCAGGAUGCUAUGAAGUAUUCUACAAAAUUUUGAAAGUUGAAAGGUUACCAAGCGGGCCAGUUCUUGGAGGAGGACUCUCCUGUUGCUGCUGUAGUGAUCACUGGAGAAUUGUUGAGAGUGGUCUGCAACCACUGCCCAAAGCUCUCUUUACUCUGCCUCCAGGUUGUUUUGUUUUGUUUUUUUUUUUUCUAUUUUGGCCGCUCCCGUG